GUGCCAUUAGAAGUAAUGGCUCCCAAGUAGGGGACAUGUACACUGAUCAUCAGGGCACUGAUAAUCAGUGUGCCCUGAUGAUCUGUGUAUCCCCAGCAGUGCUACCUGUCAGUGUCCAUCAGUGCCAGCUGUCAGUGCUCAUCCAUGCCACCUGCCAGUGCCCAUCACUGCCACAUCAGUGCCUACCAGUGCACAUCAAUGCCACAUAUCAGUGCCCAUCUGAGCUGCCUUUCAGUGUCACCCAUCAGUGCCAUUCCGUGCCAGCUAUCAAUGCCAGUCAGUGGCACCUAUCAGUGCUGCCAAUCAGUGCCACCUAUCAGUGCCAGUCAGUGUCGCCUAUCAGU